AUGCUAUCCUUCGCUCUCUCUAACCUUCGUCUCGGCCUCUCUGUCUCACCGUGACAGCAGCAGCAAGCAACCUUCUCGGACUUGGGCAAUCGGCAGCCGAGCAGGCUGGGUUCUUCAUUCAAACCUGAACAUUUGAAUCUUUCUGAACCACUCGAAAGAAGAAGAAUACCAAUUCAGAAUCUAAACAGGGGUGUUUGUACAAAUGGAGAAAGGCGGGGAUGAAGUGAAGAAGACGCAGGUGAUUGAAGCUCGAGCUAGGAACAUCAGUCACAACGUCAGGUGCACUGAUUGUGGCAGUCAGUCUAUUGAAGAUUCUCAGGCUGAUAUUGCUAUUCUUCUUAGAAAGAUAAUCCGUGACGAAAUUCGUUCCGGUAGUUCAGACAAGGAGAUAUUUAAAAAGCUUGAAGAUGAUUUUGGUGAUACCGUACUAUAUGAGCCAAACAUCGAAGGGUUUGACUUCAAGACUAUUGUCGUUUUUCUAUCACCGGUUCUGAUGUUUGGUGCUGGUGUUGGAUUAUGGACUUACCAGUGGUACAAAGAGAAGAAUAGCGUUCAUAUCAUGGCUCUAAACCUUGUCAGAAGUGUUCCAAUGACUCCAAAUGAGAAGCAAACUAUGCUUCACGUUCUUACACCUCCCCAAAAACCAAAAAAUGCCCUCUUAUCUUGGUGGAGAGGGUUGCGAAAUCAAUAAUGGGCUCGUAUGUCAUCAGUUGCUUCUUAGCCAAGACUUUGGUGGGAAUCUCAACAUUAUUAUUAAACACUAUAUACAGAUCCAACAAAUCAAUUUGUUAAAUGGUUUUAGACUUUGUAUCAUAUGUGGUUUUGUGUCCCAAUAAAGAGUACUUUUUUCGUACAAUUUUCGUACUGUAACUAGUGAUCACACAUGACUUUGUUUCUUAAGAACAAGACUUUAAUGAUUAAUCUCCUCAAUAUUUGAUUUCA